GUGGAUGACGGCAGUUUUUUUAAUUAAAAGAAAAGGAGGGAAGCCGAACCCUAAUUGUUUUUUUAGGAACAGCCGAACCCUUAAUUUACCUUGAGUCCGCUAAACCCUAAACCAUAGCCUCUUAAUUUUCUUUCUCUUUCUCUGUAAAACUGAAGCGCCAAAAAUGUCAGACAACAACUUAAUACUUGGAUCUCCAUGGGAAUAUUUACCUGAUGAGAUUGUAACCGAUAUUUUCCUACGUCUACCUAUCAAAUCCAUAAUUAUCUGUACCUCUGUCUCAAAAACUUGGAAAUCCCUAAUCCAAAACCCCACUUUUAUUUCCAACCAUCUCCACCACUCCUACACCACCACCAUCACCAACAACCAAAACCUCCUCCUCAUCGGUCCCCACCAUAAUGAACUAUAUUGCGCAUUGCAUAACGAAGAUGAUCCUUAUCUCAGUAAACACACUAGAUUUGAUUGUCAUCCUGCCUUGCGUUUCUCUAAUGGAUUAUUAUAUUUGGUCGGUACUUGUAAUGGCCUGCUCUGCCUUUCCAACACUCAUGACAUUAAUAGAUUCUUUCUGCUGAACCCUUCUGUUAGAAAGUUCGUGGAACUUCCUUCACCCAAUGUCACUUUACACAAUUAUUUCGAACCGUCUCUUGGGUUUGGAUAUGAUUCCAAAACUAAUGAUUAUAAAGUGGUGAGGGCUGUGAGCUUAAAGUUAACGGAGGAUGGUUCUGUCUUUCAAAAUCCUCAACCCCCCGUGGUCGAGCUUUACUCGCUCUCCACUGGUCAAUGGAAAAUGCUUAGUGCUCCUGUAUGUGUUGUAUAUGGUCGUCAGAAACAAGCAUUUGUCAAUGGGGCGCUGCAUUGGCUUGCUUCAAGGAUUACUACCACUAAUGAUGGAAAAAAUAGAGUACAUUUUGUUUUGGUGCUUGAUUUGGGGGAUGAGGUCUUCCGCGAAAUACUGCUGCCGGAGAGUUGUACGUCUGUUUCUGUAUAUGGAAAUUCCAUUGCUAUGUUUCAAAUAGGUUCUUAUGAUUGUUCUUAUGAUUGUACUUUCAAUAUAUGGGUGAUGAAAGAGUAUGGUCUUGCCUCAUCAUGGAUGAAAGUUCAUCAAAAUCGAACAUCACCCAUAGAAAGGGCAGUAGGUUUUCGGAGGAAUGGUGAGGUUGUACUGCAAAUGUUUGGAGGAAGGCUUGUCUCGUGGAAUCCAGAGAGCCAAAAGAUUAAGGAUCUUAGGAUUAUUGGAUUUAGUUUUACUUUUGUUGGUUAUUAUGUUGAGAGUCUAGUUUUGCUUGACAAAACCGCCAACGGUGCAGUUACAUAUUGAAGAAAAUCAGGGAGGAUCUUUGGGACUUCUUGAUGAUAGGAGAAGAGAAUAUGUUUUGUGGUCUUGAAUAGAUGAUGCAUCCACGGCCGAGUGAUUUGCUAUUUACUUUGAAAAGUUACCUAUGUAAGAAUUAUUUUAUAUGGUCUAGUGUGAAGUCCGAUUGAAGUAAAGGUUGUGAUUUUAGUGGUUAGACUUAUAUUACUAAUUAAAAAAAUAGUUUAUAUUUGGGUUUUUAUUUGAUUAGGUAUGGGCUUUUUUAU